CUUUUGGAUGCUAUUUGGAACCCUGACAUAUAGAUUAACGAUAGUUUGGUGUCUUGAGUGUCUUAUAUAUUCUGCAAAAUGAAUCUGUUUGGAGAACGUAUGCCUUGAUCAUUAGAUCUGAUUAAUUUGUUAGUUUAGGACCCAUGUGCAUAAUGUUAUAAAUUAUGGCACUUGAACCAACAAGCAUGUAGGGGAAGAAGCAACAACUGAGCGCCUCUUUCUUCCACUUUGUCUGUCUCAGAUAAAUUUUGCUUCGGUGCAAGUCAUUUUCUCUCUUCCGUUGAAAAGUGAGAACAGUUAUGUUUCUGUAAAUGUUUGAUUUGUGCCCUGUCUCUGUUUGCUAAAAAGAUACUUUGCAAUUUCCACAUUUCGAUUGAGGACGCAGUAGGGACUUGAUUUUCUCCCUUUCUGACCUGCUGCUGAUUAACCAAUACGGCGUUGUGGAGUGACAGCUUUUACAUAUCUGGACAUUUCUAGAAGGAUCACAGGGGGAGACAGAUAUAUAAGUGGGGCGUGCUCAGGCAAUUUCGCAGCCACUUUGCAAACAUGGGAAAUGCUAACUCCAAGGGCAGUGGCAGCAGCAAGUCAGUCCUCCCAGCUCACUCGGAGCUGCUGUUCUGUGGCUCAUUUUCCAACAAGUGGAAUGAGACGAUCUUUCUGGAAAAUGAGCGCCUGACCUCCAAGAUCAUGUCGGUUCUCCAGACUCGCUCAGAGAGCCGAGGGUUGCAAAAAAGCAACCUCCAGUUUACUCCCCGAUUCCUGAGUACCAACUCUGUCUUUCCUUCUAUAGCUACCUCGCUCAAAGAGCACACUAGCAGGGCCCUCUUGGGCCCGGAUGGCAGAACCCCUGGCUUGCCCCAGAACCUCGGCAUGACAAUUGCGCAGAGGGGAAGUUUGCCGUCGCAGCUAAGCAUCGCCUCUGCUGGGGCUGUUGGUAAGCUCGGACUCACUGGGGGAGAGAUGGAUGAAGGGGAUUCUGGCUUCAUGAAACAGAAACCAGCCUCUGAAGAUGUUGUCUCACUGGCACCAUCCACCACGGAAUCAGUUUUUGUGGAAGAUGUUCAGUUUGCCUCCUUGAGGAAUGAACUGGAGACAGACGCUCGGGAGUUUGCUGCUCAGUCUUGGAGCCUGGCAGUAGAGCAGUCCUAUGUGAAGCAGCAGGAGCGGGACGUUAUUAAAAGGCAAGAUGUCAUAUAUGAGUUGAUGAGGACAGAGAUGCACCAUGUCCGGACUCUGAAGAUCAUGUUGAAGGUCUACUCCCAAGCCAUGCGAGAGGAGCUGCAGUUCAGCAAUUCGGACAUCCACCGCCUUUUCCCGUGCGUGGACGAUUUACUGGAGCUCCACAGAGCCUUCCUCUUCCAGCUGAAGGAACGCCGGAAGGAGUCUUUGGAAGAAGGUAGUGAAUGCAACUAUAUCAUCCAGAACAUUGGGGACAUCCUGGUGCAACAGUUUUCAGGAAAAACGGGAGAUAAAUUGAAGGAGAAAUAUGGCAUUUAUUGCAGCAGCCACAGUGAUGCUGUGAGCUACUAUAAGGAGUUGCUGCAGCAAAGCAAGAAGUUCCAAAACUUGAUUAAGAAAAUCAGCAAUUCUUCCAUUGUGAGACGGCUUGGUGUCCAAGAGUGCAACCUUUUAGUCACCCAGCGCAUCACGAAGUAUCCUGUCCUGGUGGAGCGCAUCAUUCAGAACACAGAAGUCACCACAAAGGAGUAUGAGGAACUGACCAAGGCAUUGUCGCUUAUCAAGGAGGCCAUCACAGCUGUUGACACCAAGGUGAAUGAGUCUGAGAAAGAGCAGCGCCUCCGGGAAAUUGUAACCAAGAUGGAACUCAAGUCUUCAGGAAAGUUUAAGAAUGGCCUUAUCUUCCGGAAGGAGGAUAUGCUUCAACGGCGCCUCCUACUGGCUGGGAUGCUGUACUGGAAAGCUGCUUCUGGGCGCCUAAAAGAUAUUUUGGCUGUUCUGCUGACAGAUGUGCUUUUGCUACUGCAAGAGAAAGACCAGAAAUACAUGUUUGCAUCUUUGAGCGUUUGAACAUGAAAGAUGAUCUGAUCGUGCAAAGUCUCAACGAGAAGCAGCAGAUCUACCAGGAGAUGGCAGAUGUGAAUGGCUUUGAGGACCUGGGUGCUGGCUCCCGCUUCCGGUUGAUCAACAGAGUAGAUUCUCCAGAGACCCUGCAGGGGGAGCCCAUCCUCAAGCAGGCAGUGAUAGAAGUGGAGAGCCUUCAGAACCUGAUCUUCACCCAGCUGGCCAGUGCAAGCUCUCAUCCUGAAGAUUCCAGUGGGUCUGGGUUGCUGAGGCGGGCUGAGACUUUUGGAGGAUACGACUAUGGCAUGACAGCUGGUAGCUUCAAGAAGAAAGUCUGUGGUGGAGAGCAGCGGGUGCCAGACCCGCAAGGCGACCCAGCCAAUUCAGAGCAAGUGCAACAAGAACGCCCACCCGCUGGAGAGGAAGGGCUAGGUUUGCUUGUUCAAAGGAUACAGACACUCUUGCAGUUGCUGCUUAGCCUCCAGGCGGUGACAGCCCAGCAGGACAGUUACAUUGAGUUGCAGAAGCAGUUCCGGCUGCAAUCCACGCGAGGGAAUUUGCUACUGGAUCAGGAGAGACAGCGCAAUUUUGAGAAGCAGCGGGAAGAACUGGCCAAUGUGCAGAAAUUGCAGAGCCAGUUAAAGAUUGAGCAGCAUCGCUGGGAGCGUGACUGUGACCGCACGCGGCGCCAAAUGGAGGUGGAGAAGAACCAGUUGCAGGAGCGAGAGGAGGAGGCACGGCAGCUGAUGGAGCGUCUGAAUCAAGAACGGGAGGAGCUGGAACAGCAGCGAGAGGCCUACCAGCAUGACUUGGAGAGACUGCGGGAAUCCCAGAGAGCCGUUGAGAAGGAGCGUGAACGUCUGGAACAGCUGCGCAAGCAGAAGAAGCUGCAUCUAGUCUCAGGUGCCUUCUCACCUGAGACAGGCCAAGCGCAAACCCUGAGCCACUCUCUCAGCUUCAAUGGCGAAGGGAUGGAAGGAACCGUGCUGCCUACCAAGCCAGGUGGGCGAGCCAGUGUAUCUGGGAUGGAGUACCUGGAGCGAGGAGAAUUGGGGCGAAAGGACAGUGCUGCACUGGAGGGAGGCCGCCCCAUUCUGGUCCUGAAGAAUGAAGUGCCCCUCCACUUGUUGAGUACCACCAACCAGACCCAGAAACAGGCAGCUGUGCAGCAGCAAAUCCCCACCAAGCUGGCCAUUUUGACCAAGGGCAGCAAGGAAAAAGGUGGCAAGGCUGUCAAGGUGACUUCCCACAGGAUUGAAAGUUCAACAUUAGGUGAUGUGAGGCCAUUCCCAAUUUCCAAGAUGGUUACCAAGGAAGAAUCUCAGUCUCGAAACAGACGUUCUGCAAGCCCCGUCUUUCUGCAUAGCCAGAAUGUUGCCUUCCUUCCAGAACUGGCUGGUGGUGCUGAAAGCGGCCAUCUGGAAGCGCCAUCUACCUCUGUUGGUCCCAUGAAGCCCAACAGCAUUCAUGUCCUUCCACCUUCCCUGGAUGACGCUAGCAAAGAUGAUGUCAUUUUUUUCUGAUCAACACCCAAGAAGGUCCGCUCUCCUUUGGCCCAAACGGGUGUCGGAGGCUCUGCCUUGCCCCAACUGCAUCAUCUGAAGGCAGAGCUUGCAAGAUGUUCUCUGGAAAAGGAUUCAAAAUGAUAUCGUUUGGGGGCUCCAUGUUACCAUCUUGGCUUUGCUUACAUUGUUCCUGGGGCUGGAACAUUAUUCUAGCUUCCUUUUGAGUUCCAAGGUUUUACAAUAACCUUCUUGGGAAGGGAAGGGUACGAGAAGGCCCUUAACUUUUAAUCUUCACAUUCAACCAUAAGGUGGCCCUUGGACUCUGCGUAGGACCAAACAAAGAUGUUGAUGGUGUUAGGGACUCUAUGGAGGGAAUCUGAGGGAAUUAG